GUUCCGUCGUGUUGUUUUUCUUGCGUCGAGUGUGCGUCAUGAGAGUGCGUACGCGUGUAUCGUCGUGAACGUAACGGAGUUAAUCGUGCGUCGCGACGCGAUCCAGUGAUACCGUUGAAUAAGAUGCGCCCCGAAAAUGCUGCAGGAGGACGAUAAAUCUCCGUACGAGAGCGUGCCGGACCCGAAAGGAGAUGAUUUUCAAAAACUCAGCGUCAUACAAAACUUACCAAGCCUCUUACAGACAGACACGCAAUCAUGCAUGUCUCGUGUGGUACCAAAAAUGCAGCAAUCACUGGCAACUGCAUCUACAGAGUUCCACAUUGCAGCAUCCACCACAUUCAAAACGAUAUUAGAGCAGAAACUUGUCAGCCAUAAUGUCUUCAGUCAAACAUUCCUCCCAAGUGUAUUAAAUUCCCUUGAAAGCCGUGAUCCAGUUGUUUGUGAUGCAUGGCUGGAGACCUUACUGGAUGUGAUAGAGUUACUGCCGGUAGAAGUCAUAAGAAUGCAGAUUCUUCCAUUGACUAUAAGCAAAGGACAAUUGUCUCAACCUAUCUACUCCAGGAUAAUGUGCAGCAGGUUACUAGGGAAAAUUUGUACAAGAUUCGAAUCUGCUAUGAUACAGAAGGAAGUUCUACCAACGGUACACUCCCUUUGUCAGGAUGUAAAUAGUGAAGUACGAGCUAGUAUCUGCUUGCAGCUACGUUUUGUUGCCGAAGGCCUUGGUGCUGAGUCUGUAAAACCUGCUUUGCUACCAUCUCUCGUAGAAUUAGCAAGCGACGAAGAAAGCAAUGUAAGAUGCACCUCUGUACAGACAAUAGUGUACUUGCUACCUCAUCUUCAGGAAGAUACAAUAAAAACUAUUAUAAUGCCGCUUGUUAAAAAGUUAUGCGAAAACGCAAUGAAAUCGAACGAUAAUGUGAUAUGCGUGAUUGCCCAGGAAUUUGGGAAGCUCGUGCUUGGCUUGGAAAAUUGCCUUGCACCCGCGGAAAAAACAUGGUUUUUAAAGUACUUUCAACAGCUUGCACAAAUGGGCAUUAUUUCGAUGAAAAAGGAGUCGAAACCGCACCUUCCAUUUAUUAAUUCCAAUCCUGGUGAAGACGAGAAAUACAUAGAGUGCCGACGGUGUUGCGCUUUUAAUAUGCCUGCAAUGUUUCUGUUUGUAUCAUACUCCGCCGACGAUACAGAUGCAUUGCUUGUUACGUUUAAUGCAUUAGCGAGCGAUCACUAUUACAUAGUUAGGAAGACUGUAGCAAGUGGAUUUCAUGAAGUGGCGAAAGUAUUGGGUCCAAAGAGUGGACGGAUAAAGGCGGAUCUAAUAAAAUUAUUGAAGGACGAUUCUGAAGAAGUGUUACAAGGUUUAGUUCCUCACAUAGGAUUGACGCUCGAUUGUUUAGCUGAAAGUCAGACCAUUGGGGUGGACAGGGUGGAUUCCACUCUUAUGGAAAUAGGCAGGGCGUUGUUGAAAUGCGAGUCGGAAAUAUCAGGCACUCACAAUUGGAGACUAGCAUCGAUGAUGCACUCGCAACUUGAAAUAAUACCCAAGUACUUUCCAAGUGAUUUUAUAUAUUCAUACUUUGUGCCAAUGGCGUUCUUCAGGAUAUUGCAUGCUAGGCCAAUACCCGUACGUCUCGCCGCAGGAACGUUGUAUCUGUUUCUUUUACGGUACAACAUGAAGCCAAUGCAAAGAGUAGAACUCCGAAGCAGACUGUACACAGAAUUAGCGAACAGCCCCGAUUGUUACGUUAGAAUGAUGUUCGUUCGUAUGAUGAUAGAGGCCUUUGAAAUUUUCUCAACGGUGUACUUCAAGGAACAUUUCUUCACUACUUUAUUGAACUUAGCGGAAGAUCCGGUGGCUAACAUAAGGAUUAAAGUAGUUUCGCUGUUACCCCAAUUGAAAAGCCAGCUGUGGAUGCCAACGGACAAGAAGCUGUUAUCGGCGAUGGAAACGACCGUAGGACAUUUAAUGAAUAGCGAGAAAGACAGGGACGUGAUUACAAUGUUGACGAUCGUCAUGCGGAAACUGAACGAAACAGAACUUAGAUACGACGGACAAACUUCGACGGCUAAACAAACGAAGCACGAUAUGGAGGACACCAGAAAAUUAGAGGAAGAGAAAAGAUUGUCGGGAAUGGCAGCCGGAAAAUCUCCUGCUGGCGGGGCCACAAUGAAGAAAGGUGCAUGGCGACGACCAGCCGAUAUUUCAGCGAAACCAGCGUCACAGACAACGUCCAAAGGUACAGGAUCUCCACGUCAUAGUAGCGACUCCGGAAGAGUAAGGUACGCAUACAUUUUAUUCCCUUCCGAAUACUCGACCAUACUGUUAAUAUACAACAUUCCAAUAUGUAUUAACAAUUCCCAACAAGAGACUAACCAUCAAUUUCUGCACGCUUUACAAUCUAACAGACCUCAGCUAACUCAUCCUUGGGAAAGGCUAGGGUAUAGCAACACGAACCCUGUUGGCAUGGGGCAUGGUAGCUUCGACAAUGGGCCAUGCGCCGAUUAUCUGAUGCAAAAGAUGCAGCAGAAUCGUUCGAAAUUGGCUUCGUUGCCGUUAAUAGUUUGGCCGGACUCGUGCGAGUGUGACUACGAGGAGGAGACCAACCUCCACUCUUGUCCCUCGUCCGACUACGCGAAGUCUGUCUUCUUGGCGAUCAUGCGGGAGAACCGGCGGAAGUCCCAACAGAACUUCUUACUAACACGCGAUUAUGCACGCGAGUUCUCGACUAACAUCGCCAGCAAGGACACUGCCACCGCGAGAACACUCGCCAGUGCUCCAAACCUGGCCGUCCUCCGAGCACUGACCAAAGCGGCUCACUAUAACUCUUGUUGGCCUUGUAGCUCGAUGCCGGAGAUACCGGUGAUGCUGUCCGACGACGAGUUUCUCGUGGACGCCGGUAUCAGGAUACCCGUCCAGUUCUCCGCUUCCCAGACGGUCUCCAAAAUACCGCAUCUUCAGGACUCAGUGUUCACCAAGAGAAGGAGUGUCUUCAGUUUCGAGCGUUCACGAACAACCAUAGGCAUGAGCUUCGACAAAGGGAAGCCUAAAAGGAAUUCGUCCGUGGAGUACGAGGACUGUAUGAAAAGAAGAACCAACGGGGAUCAGUCGUCGAGUAAUCUUCGGACGUCCAUAGAUUGCGAAGACGGGUUGAGACUGGUGAAGGAAAGUCAACAGAUCGGUAAAAAGGAUACGGUGUACGUUGGUCCUCUGAUGAGAACCAGAUUUGGCUUUGGUGUCAGUCAAGACAGGUCUAUCGACGAUAAGAUGAAACGGAGUUCCUUGAUAUUGGACAAAGAUAAAUCGAAAGUUCUGCAGUCCAAGUGCACUUUGGACAGAACUAAACGACACUCGUCGAGCUUCGAGAAAGGAAAGCCCAAGAGGAACUCGUCUAUGGACUACGAGGACAGUAUGAAACGAAGAACCAACGGGGCUAAUCAAUCCGGCGAUAUGAGGAACUCCAUUGAUUACGAAGACGGCUUAAGGUUGAUGAAGGACGAUCAACAAUUGGACACGAAGGAUUCGGUGUACCUCGGGCCUCUGAUGAGAACCAAGUUCGGCUUCGUGAACCAGGAGAGGCCUAUGGGCGAGAAGAUGAAACGAAGCUCGUUGAUAUUGGACAAGGAUAAACCGAAGCUCGUGCACACCAAAUGCACGUUGGAUAGGACUAAAAGACACUCGGCGAACUUUAGCCUGAAGCCGACGGACUCGAAAGAGAUCAAACCAGGCAUGAAAUGUCAUAGCAUAGAGGUGUCCGAUUACGCGCCAAGCGAACGUCUAGGCAGGGCUCUUAGGCGAUACUCAACCUUGGACGUGAACCAUAAUCAGGGACUUAGCAAAAUACCCUUAAGAAGUUUUGUGCCUCGUAGUAGAACCGCGCCGGCCACCAGGGCGUCCAGUCCUGUUCACAUAGAGAAGUUGUGCCGUAUGCCGUUCUGGGAAUCUUAA